AAAUGCAAUAGAGGAGGGUAAGGGCCCUUGCACGUUCGUGCUAGAGAGAGUUCUUCAAGCUCCCACCACCCAACGCAUCAUCCUCUCCCACCCUCUCCACUCCGACAACCCCGGCCGCUCAGCAGCUGCCACGUGGCACCACCCGUCCAGCUGGCCGCGGUACUGUGCGAGCAGCGCCAUGUCAACACGGACGCUGUUCAUGAGGGGGGGAGUGGGGCGGGUGGGUCUUGUGUCGUUUUCUGAGCUAAGGCCACAUGGGGAGAGGAGGAGAGAGAGGAGGGAGUGGGGUGGGGAACAGGGACAAGGGGAGGGGAGGGUGGAGGAAGGGACGAGGGAGGGGAGUGAGGGGAGGAAGGAAGAGGAGGGAAAGGGUGUGUCCGGGCCAAGUCAAGAGCAAGGGAAUGGUAGUGAUGGUGGUGGUGGCGAAGGAGAAAUGAGAGGAGGGGUGAGAGUGAAAGAGGGAAAACAGGCAGAGGAAUCAGUGGGGGUGGUGGUCGCAGCAGGAAGAGAGGAAGAGCAAAGGGAUGGGAUGCCUGCAGACGUUACCGAGCCUGUAGUGAUCCAGCAUGUGGGAGAAGCAGAGGUAGUGGAAGCGAGGGAAGGGGAGGGGCGUGGGGAGGAUGGGAGAAAGGUGGAAGAUGAGGGGAAGGUGGAUGAUGGGGGGAAGACGGAAGACCGAGGUAAGGUGGAGAGAGUGGGUUUUGCAGAAGGAGGGGGGAAGAAGGAUGUGGUGUUGAGUGGAGAGGUGGAGAGGAGUGCAGAUGGGGAUGGGGGCAUGGGAGACGGAGAAGGGGAGAACAGGGUAGAUGAGGAGAUGGGAGAUGGAGAAGGGGAGAAGGAAGGGGGGCCACGGAAACCAGGAGGGAGAGGUGUGAGGGCGAUAGUAGGAGGCACUUUGUGGGGUAGGAAGAGGAAGGCAGGAAAGGGGAAAGGAGAGGGAGGAGCGGGGAAAGGAGAGGGAGGAGCGGGGAAGGAGCGGGUGGAGCAAGCACAGGCGGAACCAGAGUGGAUCUUAUUUCCAUUCUUUGAGGGGAAGCUUGUGUCUGGCUCGGAUUCAGGUCCGGAUUCCGGAGCUGAUGAGAGGUCUGGUGAGCAGGAGGCGACAGGUUCGGGUGAAGGUUCGGAAAGUCGAGCAGCUGAAGCCCAAGCCUCUGAAACCCAGGGCACCCUCUCCAUCGAUGCUGAUGAAAUGGUUGGAAGGGAAGGAGGCCUGGCAGAAGAGAGGGCUUCUGGCAGGGAAGCGAGCUCAAGUAAUGAGGAUGGGGGAGGUGGGGCUGGGGCAGGUGAGGCUGGGGGAGGUGGGGCUGGGGCAGGUGAGGCUGGCUCGGGUGACAAUGGGCCAGGUGCGUCCCCAGCUAUGGGAACUGCGGCUCAAGUAGCAAGCCAAGAGAAGAUCGAGCAAGGGGAUGAGGGCCUGGAGAGAAUAGAGGAGAAGGAAGAGAGGACAGGGGAGGAGGUUGAAGAGAGGAACGGAGAUGAGGAGGAGGAGGAGGAUGGGGCGGAUUGGGCGCAAGCAGCAGAGGCAGCAGCAGCGCUUGCAGCAGCUAUGAGAGGGGGAAGGGGAGAGGAGGAAAGGGAAAGCGACGAGGAGGGUAUGAGGGGUGAUAGGGACGAAAGGGUCAGGGAUGAGGAGGGGGAGGGUGAGAGGGAAGAGUGGUACGGGGAGGGGAAGCAGCAGGGUCGGAAGGACGCGGAUUGGCAGUGGCCAGAGCGCGGUUUCUGGGAUGCUUCCUCUGGAAAGGAUGGGGGAGUGGAGGGGGAGGGAAAGUGGUGGGGGCUUGGGGUGGGGCGGGUGGAUGAAUUUGUGGAGGCGUAUACGAGAGGUGUGGGGGAUUCGCGGUUCGAGCCGCUGCAUUCGCCCACCCACACGCAGGUAUCAGAGCAUCUGGCGUUUGGAGCAGCACUUUUGUGCCCAGAAGAUAUCACCUCCGCGCACCAAAGGCUGAGCACAACAGCAGUGCUGGACCUGCAGCGAGCAACAGAGAAGCUCAACUGGGCGGUGGACGUGGAUGGCAUGAACAGAGCAGCAAGGGACGCGGGGGUGAUGGUAGUGCACCACCCCAUCAGGCACCAUGAUGGGCACGACUUGAGACGGAAGCUCCCAGUGGCUGUGGGGAUUCUGCACCGCCUGCUGCGCCGGGGCCUGCAUGUGCUGGUGACGGAUACAGAUGGGGUGGACAGGGCGUCAGCAGUGGUGUGUGCGUAUCUGCACUGGGUGCUUGCUAUUCCGUUGCCCCAGGCUCUUCACUUCGUGUGUGACGUCCGUCCCUGCCAACCCAACCGGGCGGCACUGGCAGCGGCCACAUGGGAUCUGGUGGCCAUGCUGCGGCAUGGGGUGAGGCACACGGGCCCUGCCACUCACUCGGUGCAGAUUGCAUGGAACCAUGGCGGACGCGAGGUGCUACUGGUGGGGGAGCUCUCAGGCGGGUGGAAGAACCCAGUGGCGGCCACUCCAGUGGGCGGCUCCAAGUUCGUCCUCGCGCUCAGGCUGCCGCCCGGAUCCUACCGCUACAAGUUCAUAGUGGACGGGCACUGGCGCCAUGCAGCAGACCUGCCCACAGAGGUGGACGAGUGGGGCAACACCAACAACGUGCUUCAUGUGGGCUCCCUGGCCCGACACAACAAUGAUGCGGUGCGGGAGAGGGUGAUAGAGCGGCCACUCACGGACCUCGAGAGAAGAAUGGUCACCUUCGCCUCGCAGCGCGUGGCCUUCUCGGUCUCUCCCAUCACCUUCACGCCCAAGCUGCGCCCGGCACGCUAA